AUGGCUGGUCUAGAGAUUCCGGGUGAAUUAUUGCGCCAUGCCAUUCUUGAUACAGUUGUGCCUCAUGCUCCGAUACUCGAUUUUGAGAGCGCUUUGAGUUCGGCCCUAAAGGACGGAGCUGAUGAUCUCUCCUCUAUCCUCUCGUCAAUCCCUCAACGGUCUCUAUUGUUCUUUGAAACGAUCCUAAAACACCACCUGCCACGCCUCGAAGUCAAGCUUGAUGUCUUUGCCGUCGAUCCAGCAGAAUCAGUUGGUGAGAAUCUAACACCAACUCGUGAUUUAAUCUUUUCGGGAAUUGUUGGAGGAGAUCGGGACCCCCUGGUGGUCUUCAAUGAAUUCGAAGCCGAUGAAGGCAAGGGGAAUCAUGUAUAUUUGAUUUGGAACAUUGAAACUAUACUGCGGCGUCCCCGUAUUCGAAUCCAACACCCCUCUCUCUUGUUCAUUGCCUCUGUCAGUCUUAAUCCAGCUGACGCUCGCCGCCAAGAGGACUCGGAGGAUGACUAUCUCCCUUCAUUAGUUCCUGCAUCGACCAAUAUGCUGCAAUCUCUAUCAACCGACAAAACCUUCAGCCAUAAAGAGCCUUUCCUGCCUGCUUCCAGACUAUUGAGGGUUAUACCGACGACACAUAACGAGGCCCCGGUUUACAAUAUUCAGCAACAACAUGGUCAUCCAUUUCGUGUUGUGCCCGCCGCAAGUGCAAGGAUUCGGUACUCUCGGCUGAGUUCUUACACUGCUAUUCCCAUGACUGUCGCCAGUCUUGACUUUGAAGUCACCCCUUAUCUGGCUUGCGAGGUCUCCUUUGACAAAGCGAAGCUUCACCUGUCCGAUGGAACGAUUGAGUCGCUGUCAGAUACACCGGGCCUGACUCUUCCUAUUACGUGCCGUCCGCGAGACGACGUGACUCUCAUGUAUAAACUUACACCGGAGUAUGGCCCAGAGACUAACCCAUCAUCUACCGCCUUGGUUAGCACGCUGGACAUAUCUCUUGAGGCAACAAUUCUUGUGGAUGAUGAUUGCAAGCCACGUAUUUCUAUGCAAUGGAAAGCCAACGUCGACUUUUCAGUCGCCCUCAAUCCGACUUAUGGGGGGCCCAGUCCAGCGCUGCAAAGGGCCAACCGCCCUGCUAGUCUAUCAGUGUCAACUCAAGUGGGUGUAGCUCCUUCCCAUCGAAGCUCAUUACGAGAACGAGCAUAUUCGGUAACAGAUGUUGGUAUCACAAUCUCCUUCUCCGGACCUGUUCGUGUGCAAGUGGGCUCUGUCUUCUCUUGGGAUAUUUUCAUUGUCAAUCGAUCAAGCAUUCCUCGCAAGUUUGCGUUAAUUGCCAUUCCCAGGCGGAAACGCUUAGACCCACGAGGACAGGUUGCUCGGCCUUCAUCGUCAUCUAGUACUAGCCGCAAAGAGGACCAAGUGGCCGAGGCGGUGGCUGACGACAACGUCGUGCAUGCGAGGCAAAAAAGUGUAGCUGGUCAGGAAGCACAACUGAUCAGCCUAAGCACGGACAUUCGUGUGGGCCCCCUCCUUCCAGGAACUUGCCACUCGACCGAACUCAAACUCCUGCCUCUAGCCACGGGCCCACUCCAUUUGGAGGCAAUCCGGCUUAUAGAUGUGAACACGAACGAAACGACCGAUAUCCGAGAUCUUCCGGACAUUUUGGCGGAUGAUCAGCCUCGCUCUAGUUAA